UUUAUAAUUGGAAUGUGUUACAAACAGAGGCACUGUGUGCUUUAGGACCAUGCGGACACCUCCGAGCGGUCGAGUAGGCUGUUUUUGAGUGUUUAUCCGACUUUAUUUAGGACCGCGCGGACACCACAGAGCGGGCUGACAGGCUGUGUGAAGGCAAAGCUUCUGUAAAGGCUGGCUGGACCAGUACGGGAGAGUUGAGCAUAGUUCAGUGCGUACGUGUUGCGCUCCUUCACCGAGUUGUAAAAGGAAGCAGAACAGAAACUGGCUACUCUUUAGUUGACUGAUGUAGCUGGCAAGGUAACUGCUGUAUAACUUAACAGAAAAAAUACGGUUCAUCAGUCUGUCGGGGGUUCAUCGGUCUGUCGGGGGUUCAUCGGUCUGUCGGGGGUUCAUCGGUCUGUCGGGGGUUCAUUGGUCUGUAGCUGCUUUUUAUUGGGUGUGUUUUAUGGUAAAGGGGAGGUACCAUGGACAGCGAUAUUCUCAAUGUCCACCCCACUAAUGUUUCAAGGUUGUCUCUUACAGAAAACUGCAAAUUUUCAGUAAUUUGGUUUUGACCUGAUUUAAAAACAACAUGCUAAAAGUCACAUCGUCAUCACUGAUUGUUACUUGAUAUAGUAGUUUUUAUCUCAAAUAUAGUAAUGAUACCAUAUCCCAGUGUCCAAUCCAUAGUAAUGAUACCAUAUCCCAGUGUCCAAUCCAUAGUAAUGAUACCAUAUCCCAGUGUCCAAUCCAUAGUAAUGAUACCAUAUCCCAGUGUCCAAUCCAUAGUAAUGAUAUCAUAUCCCAGUGUCCAAUCCAUAGUAAUGAUAUCAUAUCCCAGUGUCCAAUCCAUAGUAAUGAUAUCAUAUCCCAGUGUCCAAUCCAUAGUAAUGAUAUCAUAUCCCAGUGUCCAAUCCAUAGUAAUGAUAUCAUAUCCCAGUGUCCAAUCCAUAGUAAUGAUAUCAUAUCCCAGUGUCCAAUCCAUAGUAAUGAUACCGGGGUCCAAUCCAUAGUAAUGAUACCGGGGUCCAAUCCAUAGUAAUGAUACCGGGGUCCAAUCCAUACACUUGCACAUGGACACUCAUAGAAGUCAUCCUGCACUAGUGGUUUGGAUUUCUCUUGCACUUUUCCACCAGCCAAAGCAAUUGACCUAGUAUAGAGGGAAAUGGCCUCCUCCACAACUAGCUUGUAGCACCACCAGCGGGAUGCCAGCCGCAGCAGAUACGUGGCCCCAGCAGUGUUUGUCGAGUCAAAGGUUCUCCUGGACAGCGGUUCACUUCACUUUGCCCCAAGCUCCCUUCUGUGACUGUAGUCUACUAUUGACACGAUGGCCGCUGUUCAGAGACUCUUUCCUUAUACUCCUAAAGCCCCCGUAAGGACGGGAAUUUACAGCCAGGCGGUGGUGGUGGAUCGGACCAUGUACAUCUCCGGCCAGCUGGGGAUAGACGUGGCCUCAGGGAAGCUGGUGGAGGGAGGGGUACAGGCUCAAGCCAGACAGGCUCUGGUCAAUAUGGGAGAGAUCCUGAAUGCAGCUGGAUGUGGUUAUGAUAAUGUCGUCAAGACAACCGUGCUGUUGGCAGACAUAAAUGACUUUGUCUAUGUCAACAAUGUUUAUAAGACAUUUUUCAACAAAAACUUCCCUGCCAGAGCUGCCUACCAGGUUGCUGCCCUCCCCAGAGAUGGUCUGGUGGAGAUCGAGGCCGUGGCUGUUCUGGGACCCAUCUCUGACUCCUGUCUAACAGGCCAGGGCAUCAACAAGCUGUAAACUAACUAACCUGGAAGUGAACGUUUAACAGCCUUGAAAUUGUCCCAGUUUAAACAUUAAUUAAAUUAACCCAAACCACCGCUAGACUUCGACUAUACUGCCCAGACAUUCCAAGGCCUUGAAGAGGCCAUACACAGGCCUUACCCAAAGCCAUAUACAGGCCUUACCCAAAGCCAUAUACAGGCCUUACCCAAAGCCAUAUACAGGCCUUAACCAAAGCCAUAUACAGGCCUUACCCAAAGCCAUAUACAGGCCUUACCCAAAGCCAUAUACAGGCCUUAACCAAAGCCAUAUACAGGCCUUACCCAAAGCCAUAUACAGGCCUUAACCAAAGCCAUAUACAGGCCUUACCCAAAGCCAUAUACAGGCCUUACCCAAAAGCCAUAUACAGGCCUUACCCAAAGCCAUAUACAGGCCUUACCCAAAGCCAUAUACAGGCCUUACCCAAAGCCAUAUACAGGCCUUAACCAAAGCCAUAUACAGGCCUUACCCAAAGCCAUAUACAGGCCUUAACCAAAGCCAUAUACAGGCCUUACCCAAAGCCAUAUACAGGCCUUACCCAAAGCCAUAUACAGGCCUUACCCAAAGCCAUAUACAGGCCUUACCCAAAGCCAUAUACAGGCCUUACCCAAAGCCAUAUACAGGCCUUAACCAAAGCCAUAUACAGGCCUUACCCAAAGCCAUAUACAAGCCUUACCCAAAGCCAUAUACAGGCCUUACCCAAAGCCAUAUACAGGCCUUAACCAAAGCCAUAUACAGGCCUUACCCAAAGCCAUAUACAGGCCUUAACCAAAGCCAUAUACAGGCCUUACCCAAAGCCAUAUACAAGCCUUACCCAAAGCCAUAUACAGGCCUUAACCAAAGCCAUAUACAGGCCUUACCCAAAGCCAUAUACAGGCCUUACCCAAAGCCAUAUACAGGCCUUAACCAAAGCCAUAUACAGGCCUUACCCAAAGCCAUAUACAGGCCUUACCCAAAGCCAUAUACAGGCCUUAACCAAAGCCAUAUACAGGCCUUACCCAAAGCCAUAUACAGGCCUUAACCAAAGCCAUAUACAGGCCUUACCCAAAGCCAUAUACAGGCCUUACCCAAAGCCAUAUACAGGCCUUCCUUCCUUGAUCUUAAGUUUUAGUCAAAGUUAAUUUUUCUCUAUUUCUGAAGUGUCAAAGCACCAAAAUGUAACUUGCAACUACAAGAAAAUACAUAGAUUUACUAUACCUUUUCUGCUACCUUUUUCUUCAUGGGCUCUGACUUCAACCGCCUCUAUGAUGUAAUCUGACAGUGUGGAUGAGAUACUGUCUAACUGACAGAAAUACUUUCCCUUAAACAAAGGAUGGCUGCUGAAACAAGCAACCUGUCAUUUACAAAAAGCAACAUCAGUGAAUGUCUUGAGUUCAGUAACUGUUUUAUUCAAACCGUUACAACAUGGUCAUAUUAUAACAUCAUAUUCUAUACCCUUAUAACAUGGUCGUAACAUGGUCGUAACAUGGUCGUAACAUGGUCGUAACAUGGUCGUAUCAUGGUCGUAACAUGGUCGUAACAUGGUCGUAACAUGGUCGUAACAUGGUCGUAACAUGGUCGUAACAUGGUCGUAACAUGGUCGCAACAUGGUCGUAACAUGGUCGUAUCAUGGUUGUACAGUCCAAGCCAGCUGUAAAAAUGUAAAUGUCUAAUAGUUGUUGGCUUCAUUUCUCAAAUAAAUGUGUGAGUUAAGUUGUUCCUGAAUAAAUCAUUCUGACAAAUUA